AUGUCUCUCCCCUCCUGCACCCGUCAAUUGCUUACCGGAGCUCUCUCCAAGUCUCGAUCCCUACCAGUCCGCCUCUCAUCGUCUUCCCGUCUCUACUCAACUGGACCCAAGCCUCCGCCCAAGAAAGACUCAGAUUUCAAGAUCUUGCCCAUCCUAGCCCUGAUCGGCAUCAGCUCAGGCUCCUACUUGCUCCUCGUCAAAUCCCGAACUGGUCAAACUCCUGGUCCUAAAUAA